GGGGUGGGAGAGCGGCGCCCCCGGAACGGGAAGCGGGAGGGGAGUUGCUUCCCAUCCCAUCCCCUGCCGUUCUCCCGCGGAGCGCACGAGGGGUUCCCGCGUGGGCCUGCGCUUCUCCCGACAUGAGCCUGCCCCUGAACCCCAAGCCGUUCCUGAACGGGCUGACGGGGAAGCCGGUGAUGGUGAAGCUGAAGUGGGGAAUGGAGUACAAGGGCUACCUCGUCUCCGUGGACGGCUACAUGAACAUGCAGCUCGCAAACACAGAGGAAUACAUAGACGGUGCAUUGUCUGGACACCUGGGUGAAGUUUUGAUAAGGUGCAAUAAUGUUUUGUACAUCAGAGGUGUGGAAGAAGAGGAAGAAGAUGGAGAAAUGAGAGAAUAGAUGUUUUGUAUUUCUGGAAAUAAACUUUUUUUUUCUUUCUGUUUUUCAUACUUUUGUAAUAAGGUGUUUACAGUUUUUUUUACUGUGUUUUAAUAUGGGGAAGUUAACCCUUUAAAAGGUCUUUAGUCUUAUAUUGGUGUCUGAAAAGCUAAUGCUGGAGGAGCAACAGGUAAUUAUUUCAUUUUAAAGCUGAAAAUAUUAAAAUGAAAAGCGAGUAUUUAAAAAAUACCAGUUGUCUUCCCAUCUGAAACACAGGAAAACAUGGAAGUUCCUAUAUUUUACAGUAUGUAUGCAGUGACUAUUUAAAUACACUUCAUCUUUAAACCUGUUUAUAAACCAUUUGAAAAUAGCUGGGAAGACUUCACUUCAGGUGAGAUGUAGAGAUCUGUUGUACCCCAGUGUCUCUCAGAAAUAUUCCACUGCCUUGAGUCACAAAGCUUAAAGUGUGGCUGUACAGUCAUUAAGGAAGGACAAAUUUGCAUCAACUUAGUAGCCAACAGCCACACAAACAAAGCUCUUGAAAGCUAUAAAGGUCAAUAGACUUCAAAUUGAUAGAGUUAAGACAACAGACUGCAAAAUGGGAGUGUGCUUUGUGACUCUGCUGAAAAAUGGAGAUGAUAGUGUUCUCCUGGGGGGUUCAGAAGUAAGACAUUCUGUUUAAAAGCUGCCCAGAUCGUAGCUGUAGAAGAGAAGCUGCAUGUGGAGUGCCGAUCUCCAGGCCUGCCUGCUGGGAUUGCACAUCCUUUGAGAGACAGCUGGAGUGAACAGUGCUGGAUGCUUUGGACUGCAUUAGGAUAUAAUACUGAUUGUGUGAAUUGGGGGAAAAACACCAGCCUGUCAGGAUAGAUCCUGCAGAGAAAUACUUCCCUGUUUGUUUCUCAUGUUGGAAGUCAUCCCUGUAGCUAUGCAUGUGUUCCUUUAAUAUUUGCAUCUGUAAGUUGCCAUAAAGAGUGACAAAUCAUUUUGGA